AGGAGAAUUUUCCUCUCCCUUUCUGGCUUUCUCUCUCUCUCUCUCCCUCUUUUCUCUCCUCUGUAGGAUCCCCGUCCUAUUCUCUCAACUCUUUUUAGCAUAACCUUCAAAGGAGAUCGUUCCCUUCAGACUUUAUUAUCUUCUUUUCUCCAUUGAGAGAAUACCUCUUAGCUGCAAGACGUUUUUAAGUCCAUGCACGACUUCGGGGAUUUGGUUAUCUUGCCAGGGAAAUUGAUCACUGCUUGGGACUCACAGUGUGCUAAAUUAGCUACCAGAGUAAGCCUGGCGGAGGAAGGCUUUUAUCACAUACUCUUCUCUUCAGUUUGAACACAUUUGCUUGAAAUUUGCCGCAUGAUGCUGUCCAGGGAAGCAGCUUUUUUUCUUGGGAUGCAGCAAUUCGCUGGUUUCUAAGCUUGUUGCGGAAGAAGAAAUAAUCUUAAAUCGAGUGGAUCUUCCCCCCACCACCCCCCCACCGCCGGCUUGAUUCGACCGGGCUGGGUUGCACCGCGGUAAAGAUCACCUGUCACUAAAUCUUUCAGGAAGUAAAACAAACUGAAUUGUAAUUAUUAUUUAUUUAUUUUUAUUAUUUUUAACCGGUGGAGGCGGCGUGAUCACGGAGAAUGAGACUGAGAGAAGCUGCCAGGGCUUGGAGGAGGAUAAAGCUGAGUUUAGGCUGGAAACUAAAAGACUAGACUGUUUUUUUGGUUCAACUUGCCCGGUUUCUCUCCACUUCCUUUAGUUUCGCUCCAUGGACAGAUCAACAAACCUGGACAUCGAGGAGCUAAAGAUGACACGAGAACAAUAUAUACUAGCAACACAGCAGAACAACCUGCCAAGGGCUGAGAAUGCACAACUUUACCCAGUAGGGAUUUAUGGAUGGCGAAAGAGGUGCUUAUACUUCUUUGUCCUUCUGCUGUUGGUUACCAUGAUAGUUAACUUAGCCAUGACAAUAUGGAUAUUGAAAGUGAUGAAUUUCACUGUGGAUGGUAUGGGAAAUCUGAGAGUCACCAAGAAGGGAAUCCGACUUGAAGGUAUAUCUGAGUUUCUACUUCCAUUGUAUGUGAAAGAAAUUCAUUCCCGAAAGGAUAGUCCACUGGUCUUGCAGUCUGAUAGGAAUGUAACAGUGAAUGCAAGAAAUCACAUGGGGCAGUUAACUGGACAGCUGACAGUAGGAGCUGAUGCUGUGGAAGCUCAGUGUAAAAGAUUUGAAGUGAGAGCGAGUGAAGAUGGCAGGGUGCUGUUCUCUGCAGAUGAAGAUGAGAUUACCAUUGGGGCUGAAAAGCUGAAAGUCACAGGCACUGAAGGAGCAGUAUUUGGGCACUCUGUUGAAACACCUCACAUCAGAGCAGAACCUUCCCAAGACCUCAGGCUUGAAUCACCCACCAGGUCCUUGAUCAUGGAAGCUCCACGAGGGGUGCAGGUGAGCGCUGCUGCAGGAGACUUCAAGGCUACCUGCAGGAAGGAGCUGCAUUUGCAGUCUACAGAAGGGGAGAUCUUUCUGAAUGCAGAAAAAAUCCGGCUGGGGAAUCUACCGACGGGCUCUUCCUCCUCCUCCUCGCCGAGCUCCUCAAAUUCCCGGCAGACGGUGUACGAACUGUGCGUCUGCCCCAACGGCAAACUUUACCUUUCUCCAGCAGGAGUAGGCUCCACGUGUCAGUCCAGUAGCAACAUCUGCUUGUGGAGCUGAAGUGACUGAUUUCUCCUCACACCAGAAUAGCCUUUUGUUCCUGUCCGUCUGCUUCACAGUCCCGCUCGGUUUCCCUUGUGAUCAGUCCAGAGCUGCUUCAAACGGUCCACAGAGCAACUUCUUCCAAUGCAAGCAGGGGUUCGCCGCCACCUUCUCUCGGGAUUUCCUGUGCUGCUCCAGGCAGAGUGUGGGUGACGGGACAGUGGAAAAAUCGUCUUCAGCGGGAAAACUGGAUCAUAACUUUUGCUCAAAAGGGAGAAAAACAUAGGUGCCUUUGCUACAUGAAGUGAAGCACACAGUUUUAGAUUUUUUGCAGGACCCGGAGAUGAACUGCAUAUACAUACAUUAAUUACAUAGAUGAGAUUCCCAGUAUCCAAUGGCAAGAUGAGAUGGUUGACCCUGUCAGAAAACUAAUUCUACAGCCUGAAAGCACAAUUUUCCAAUCGUUUUUUUUUUUUUGGAUGUAAACUUUUAUCCCCGAGUUUUAAAAUUUUCAAGCAUUAGAUGAUGCUUGCUUUGCUAAAAAUUAAAUUCAAUACAUGAUUUUUAA